GCCCUGAACCCUACCUACCUUUUGCCACGCUCCCUCCCUCGUCGAUAGCAACUUCAGCUUCCCGUCGCAGCCGCCGGCCGAAUUCGUCGUGCAAAACGAACCCAACUCCUCGAAGACCCUCCUCCAACAAUGGCAAUCUACGGCGCCGUCCCUCCUCCGGAAGACGUCGACCACCCGGUCGCCGCACACACCGACGUUCCGCCGCCGCAGUCUCAGACCCCGGUCGCCACCUACCUCGCCGCCCAGAACGCGACGACGACGACGACGACGACGACGACGGCCCCGAUCGACAUCGAGGCAUGGACCGUCUCCGCCCUCGAGUCCCUCAGCGUCAGCCCCAUCGCCCGCGGCACCGGCGCGCCGCUGCUAGCCAUCGACCUCGACCAACAACAGACCAAGAAGGCCGCCGCUGCCGACAACGCGCCGUCCGCUCAAAAUCCCCCGAUCCGUCGGCCACUGAGCCGGAGGGACAGCCAGAAGAAGAGGGACGCGCUGCUGAAGGGCAGCGAGGGCAGCCGGCAGCGUCGGCGAUGGGAAAACGACCGUCUCGUCGGCGUCCCCAAUGCCCAGCCCCCCCUCCCCAGCGACUGGGAAGUCCGUCCCACUUACCCGGUCCAGGUCGUCCCCUACCAGGUCGCCCAGUUCUGGGACACCGGCCUCCGCCAGCGCAUCGAGGACAAGACCUCCCGGCUGCAGGCCCAGCGCAAGAAGCAGCAGCGCAAGGACGGCUCCGCCACCGGCCUCGGCGUCGGCGAGGUGCCCCGCGACCUCCGCGACACCGCCAAGCGCACGCCCGCCGUCCGCGGCUGGGUCCGCGUGCUCGAGGAGCCCGUCCGCGCCUUCCUCGCCGAGCGCAACGAGGCCAGCGACGCCGAGGGCGACAGCGAAGACGAGGAGAUUGUCUUUGUCGGCCGUCGCCAGGGUACGGCGGCCACCGGCGGCGGCGUCGGGUGGAAGAAGGCCCGCAGGGAGGUGGGCAGCGAGCCUAUCGACACCGGCAUGGUCUUUGACGCGCUCGGCGCCGACGAUGAGAGCGCCUCCUUCAAGCGAUGGCUGACGCACUCCAUCUCGGACUACUACGGCCUCCAGUCCCACUCCGUCACGACGGGCGAGCCUGCGCGCAAGGUCGUCUACGUCACGGUGCGCGACCCCGAUACCUCCCGCGCGGGGCCGAAGAAGCGUACGGGCCUCCCGCGGCCGCUGUGGGAGAUGUGCUGAACCCGACCGACCGCCGUGAACGUUGUCUUGCCACUCCCUUUUCCGUUCCCGUUUCCCUUUCUCUUUCUGUAACAUCCCCUUUCACCUUCUUUCCUUUCUG